CAGACAGACAGUCGUGUUUUCCCGCAGCCUCCUCCCCUUUACUACAAGAUACGCGCGCUAGUGAUUCAUUCAUCACUCCAGCGCAAUGCGAGCUGAAGCUCUGAGUUUCUAUUAAAUGAACACACAUCUGACUGAACUCCCUUCAGUUUCUGUUCACUGGGAUCUGUUCAGGAUGACACCUCUCCUCUGCAACGCCUGCCUCAUCUUGCCUGUUGCUUUACAUCUGCUGCUUGUUCCCAGUCCAUGCUCUGCUGCAGCCACAAAGAAGUGCGGCUCCAUCUAUAAAGGGUUUGCCCAGUGUCUGCUUGCCCUAGGAGACAGUCUGUCUGUCAGCUCCCAAAAAGACGAGGAUACGCAGGAGAUCGACUCUAUUUGCAAAUCCUGGGAUGAUUUUCAUGACUGUGCAAAUGUGGCCAUGGCCGGCUGCCCUGAGGAGGCUGCUGUGGUGUGGGAGUCUCUGAGACAAGAGUCCAAAAAGAUGCAGUUUUCUGGAAACCUGUAUGAGAUGUGCUCCAGUCGUAGCCAAUCAGCAGCUGCCUCUGAUUCCCAAAGCCCCGAUGAGACCAAUCAGGAGUCGUUAAAAGGAUGCGCUAGUCAUACAAGCCUGACCUUUCUGACCUUCUGUUUGUCUGUGCUACUACUGUUUCCAUGGAUAUAAUCGCAUCUCAAGACUCACCUCAGUGUAUAAAUAUUCAGCACAUAGACAACAAUACUGACUGGUUUGGUUCUGACAUUUUCAUGUAGUAAAAUAAGAUUCCAACUUUUUAGAACAAAAAGAAUGUCAUGCAACUAACACAUGUUUUCAGGUCCCAAUGCUUGCUUGUAUUAUUUAUGUUUAUCUAAAAUCAUCUUCAAAUAGCAAACUACAUUUUAAGCACACAUUUCAUUCAUAGGAGGACCAAAAUGCUCUUCAUGGUCUCCAGGCCUGAUGAGGACGAAUCAAAGAUGGCGAAAAGACAUUUCCAAACGUUCGAACACCUUCAUCUAAGAUGAGAUUAAAUGAAGGUCUACUGCAAUACAUUGUCACAUCGGUGAGCUAUGAGUAUCAAAGCAAUUUAAAGAGCCCUAAAAAUUUUUAUUAUUUCACUCUGUGGUGUAAUCUUCUUUUGUAGGACCCUGAGAGGAUUAAGUUGAAGGAUUACACCAAAUAAAAGUAAAUCUAAGUAACAUGGCUCACCUACAGGCUUGUCAGACAUUGUAGUGUGUAGUCUAAACGCCUUUGGGUGAUGGUUUAAACCUAGUUUAAUAAUGACGGGUUCAUUGAUUCAGUUUAACGAACAGCACAGCAUUACGCUUUAAGGUGUUUUUGUAAGUCUGUAUCAGUAUGGAACUGCUGUUCAUUUGAUUUUGGGUUAGAGUACUGUGUAUAUAUUGUAUAGUCUUACAUUAUACAUUCCUCAUAGCUACUCUUUUUUAUUUUUUCAAAUAUGUGUAUUUGUAAUGACACAAGAUGGAUUCGCUUCAAAAAAUCACCAUAGUGCAGUGAUGUAAAUAUGACCGAUAUGCUGUAAAGAAAAGCUUUAUGUAUGUCAUUUAGUGCAUAAUGAACAGAUGAGGCAAAUCAAUGGAGGUGAACGCAUUAACAUCAAUGUAUUCAUGUGGAUACAUGACUUUGUGUGU